AAGUCUAAUAUACGACCAAACAACAUAAUUGUUUACCUAUUAAAUGUGCUGAAAACUGAUGGGAAGUUAAGGGUACUGGAAUGGAUGUUAGACAAAUGGCUGAUGCAAACAUCCAGCUUCUUGUUGUUUCUUGCUUGUUGAUGCUUACAGGUUGCUUGGGGCAUUCCAACAAGCACGCUGCCCUCUUCGUUUUCGGUGAUUCCCUUUUGGAUUCCGGAAACAACAACUACAUAAACACUACAACAGACUUCCAAGCCAACUUUUGGCCAUAUGGCAUCUCAUAUUUCAAUCCUCCAAGCGGGAGAUUCUCUGACGGCCGUCUCAUUCAUGAUUUCAUCGCUGAGUAUGCCAAACUGCCUCUCAUUCCGACGUAUCUGGACCCCCGAAAUAAUGAUUUUGUGUAUGGAGCAAACUUUGCGUCCGGAGGAGCCGGUGCACUAGUUGAAACCCAUGCUGGAUUUGUGGUUAACCUUAAAACACAACUACACUACUUUGGCGAUUUAGAGAAACAUUUUAGGCAGACUUUAGGUGAUGCAAAAACCGAUCAACUUCUGUCCGAUGCUGUCUACUUGUUUAGCUGCGGUGGCAAUGACUAUUUAGCUCCUGUCGGCAACGACAGUGUUCUUUAUGCCCCCUAUACAUACGAACAGUAUGCGGAAAUGGUGAUCGAAAACUUUACCGAUGUCUUCAAGGAAAUCUAUGAAAAAGGAGGAAGGAAAUUCGGUGUCCUUACCGUCCCUCCAUUAGCCUGCUUGCCCAACAUUCGAGCAGGACGAGCAGGGUAUACCUGCAACCAAGAACUUGAUGUGAUAACAAGUCUACACAAUCAGAAACUUUCCAAGAAACUUGAAGAACUGGAAACACAGCUAGAAGGAUUCAUAUACUCAAAAUUCGACAUCUACACUGAGGUUAACAACCGCAUGAAGAACCCAUCUAGAUAUGGCUUCAAGAUAGGGGACACAGCAUGUUGUGGCAGUGGUCCUUUGAGAGGAAUAUAUAGCUGUGGAGGAAAGAGGGGAGUACAAGAGUUCCAACUCUGUGACGACGUCGAUGAAUAUCUUUUCUUCGACUCUUUUCAUCCCAAUGAAGUCGCCAGCGCCCAAUACGCGAAGCUGUUUUGGAAUGGGAAGUCUAGUGUCACCACACCUUACAAUUUGAAGACACUGUUUCAACUCAAGAAACAUUAAUGAAACAUACCUUUGUAUACACUUUAUCCUUAAUUCAAUAAACAUAUGUGCAAAGAAUAUAUAUAUAUAAUAAAAUUACUUAUUUGAAAUGCA